UUUGCUUUUGCUUUUCGGGUCUGAAAAACGGUUGGACUAAAUGAAACGCACCGAUUUUUUUGAGCUCCGCAAGCAACCUUCCUUUUGUGCUUCCCCUUUCCUCUUAUUGGCGACACGCAACGCUACAGCAUGCAAUGGCGCAUUCUCAUUCUCCUAGCGAGUGGGAUCGCUGUUAUCUAUCUAGCUAGUUUAUUGCAAGAUGUGCCAUUGCCUCAUCCUGCGAAAAUCAAUACUUCUGACUUGACGCGCUUCCAGAAACCACCGGACAAGAUCGUCUUGACCAAUGCAGGCGACUACUUGUAUCAGACAGCUGUAUGGUACAAGAUUACCCCAAAUGACCGCGAAGGCUUCAGUGUAGGCAUUGGGCCCAUGAAGACUAAUGUUGUAGGUUAUGUCAAACAACUGCGCAAACCAUUGUCUAGUCUUUUGAAUACAAAUCAAAGUCAUGAAUGGACAUCUGUGUUUGAGCAUCAGUUAGCAGGACCGAUCUCCUUCGUCUCCGACCAUGGAAUACCGGAUUUAGAAUCCAAACCCUUCGGUGUUCUCUACUACACAAUUAAGCAGGAUAUACCUCGAUUUUACGUGCGGCUCUAUUACUUAUCCUUGGCACAAAUGACAUUUGAGUAUAAAGAUUUACUGCUACCAGGAUCAUCUUGGAUCAAUGCAUUUACUCUCGAAAAGGACUCGAUAUUAUACUCUCGUGAUCAUGAUCAGUACAAUUUUCGCUUUAUCCCUAUUCCACCUACGAUUUUCUCUCCUCCGCACAGCGUAGAGUAUACGAUGAACAAAAGCGAAGUGGGUGAUGCAGUCCCAGGUACAAUCAGAUCGGCUGCAGAUGAUUUUACUCAACCCUCGGGCUCAUAAAGGGAAUUUUUGUUUAUCUUGUCAGCCAAACAUCAAUUGGCAGGC